CACCUGCCACGGUGCAUGGGCCGUUAUGAAGAUGCAUUUGGUGAUGAGGGGGGCAUGUGGAGCCAACUGUUGGGACAGAAAAGCUUCUCCGAGUCCAAAGUUGGGCACUGCAGUCUUCUUAUAAACAUGAUCUCCGUGUCUGGCGUUUUGGCGCUCGGACUGUUUUGGUCUGCUCUGGGCACUGAGGGAGACAACUUAUCAGGUUUGAGGAGGCUACAGAGGGAGUUUGGCAGUGAUGAAGAGCGACAUAGUUUAGAGAAGUCGGAGCUCUCGAAACGCAGCGCUGGACUGAAUGAACAGACAUGUACAGCCCUGCAUGGAGUAGAGUCAACCCUGCAGAACAGCACCCACUCUUUCACCUUCAAAGUGAGCACCAUGGGUUCACUGUCACUGGCCUGGGUGGGAGACGGUUCCGGGGUCCUGCUGGUGUUGACCACAUUCCAGGUGCCGUUGUUCAUGAUGCGGUUUGGCCAGUCCAAUCUCUACAAGAGUGAAGACUAUGGGAAGACGUUCAAAGAUGUGACGCACCUGAUCAACCACACCUUCAUCCAGAGCGAGUUCGGCUUCGCCAUCAGUCCUGACCACUCUGGCAAGGUGAUUCUCACUGGAGAUGUGUCAGACGUCGGGGGGUUUAAACUGUUUCGCUCCCAGGACUUUGGCUUGACCUUUGUUCCAACCGACCUGCCGUUUGAGCCCCUCAUUCAGAUGCUGUACAACCCCGGAGACUGCAACACACUUGUGACGCUCAGUAUCAUGUUGGACCUGUGGCUGUCGGAGGACUUUGGCGCCACCUGGAGGAAAAUCCAUGACAGUGUUUGUUUGGUCAGAUGGGGUCCAAAAAACAGCAUCUACUUUACAACAAACUACAAUGGAUCAUGCAAAGAUAAAGGAAUGCUGGAGUUAAAGAAGACAGCAGAUUAUGGUCGAAGUUUCCAAACCAUUGCAACCAGAGUUUUCUCCUUCGUACUGGGGGGGCGCUUUGUUUUUGCCUCCAUCAUGACUGGCAAGGGGACACAGCGUAAGAUCCACGUGUCGGUGGACGGAGGUAAAGUGUGGAACAUGGCUCAGCUUCCUACAGUCAACCACGAGCAGUUCUACUCCAUCCUGGCAUCCAAUCAGGACAUGAUAUUCAUGCACGUGGACGACCCUGGAGACUCAGGUGUUGGAACCAUCUAUGUGUCAGAUGACAGAGGAGCUGUUUUCUCCAAAUCUCUGGAGCGCCAUCUUUACACGACCACAGGAAGCGAAACCGACUUCACCGCCAUCUCUUCACUCAGGGGCGUCUACAUGACCAGCGUUCUCUCAGAGGAUGGUGCAAUGGAGACAGUGAUCACCUUUGACCAGGGAGCAAAAUGGCAGACGCUGCGCAGACCACAGAACAGCCACUGUGACACCGAGACCUCGACCAACAGGCCUAACAGAUGCAGACUCCUCAUCCACGCAGCCUACAGCAUCACCAUGAUGAUGAACGUCCCCAUGCUGCCUCUCUCACAAUCCAGUGCUGUAGGCAUCAUUCUUGCCCAUGGCAGUGUUGGGGAUGAAGUGUCCUCUCUCUCACCUGAUGUGUACGUGUCUGAUGACGGGGGCUACUCCUGGAUGUUGGCUCUCAGAGGCCCCCACCAUUAUGCUAUAAUGGACUCUGGGGGGCUGCUGGUGGCUGUGGAGCAAACCAACGCUCCUGUCAACCAGAUAAAGUUUUCCACAGAUGAGGGGCAGUGUUGGCAUACGUAUAACUUCACCAGCGACCCGCUCCACUUCAGCGGCAUGGACAGUGAGCCCGGCUCCCGCUCCAUGAACGUCAGCCUGUGGGGUUACAGGAACGACUUCAGCAAAUGGGUGGUGAUCACCAUAGACUUCAGGAAGAUCCUCACCAGAGACUGCACUGAGGGGGACUAUGUGCAGUGGCUGGCUCACUCUGCAGACCCCAGUGGAUCACAUGAUGGCUGUGUGCUGGGCUAUAAGGAAACCUUCCUACGCCUGAGGAAAGACUCUGUCUGCUGGAACGGGAGGGACUAUGCCAUCACUAAGAAGCUGUCCCCCUGUCCGUGUACAAUAGAGGAUUAUCACUGUGACUUUGGAUAUUACCGGCCAGAGAACAGCUCAGAGUGUGUGGAGCAGGAGGAGCUGAAGGGUCACCCUCUGGAGUUUUGUUUAAAUGGGACCACCGAACAGCUUCAGACCAGCGGCUACCGGAAGGUUCCAGGAGACCAGUGUGAGGGAGGUUUUCAGCCCGACAGGAAGGAGACAGACCUGGGGAGGAUGUGCACCAGCAACGUCCUUUCUCCAAACUCUCUGACUGAAGACAGUUCACCGAACACUGCUGUCAUAGUGAUGGUUGUCAUAGCGAUGCUUCUGUCGAGUGCUGUUGCAGGCGUUUGGCUGGUUAAGAAAUAUGUCUGCGGAGGACGGUUCCUCGUGCAUCGAUACUCUGUCAUGAGAGAGAAUGUUGAGGCUGAUAAAAUAGAAGGAGUCGAUGAUAUUGACACACACUACAUGGAGACAGGAAAAGCACAGUACAAUGAAGACUCAGAUCAGGACCUGUUAGAAUAAGGCGGACAUUUCUCCCUCAAAGGCUCUUCAAGACUACAUUUAACACAGUCUUCGUGAUGCCUGGGCACCCGUGGUGCUCCCACAUGCCGAUUAACAUCUUUUUUUUCACUUCUCGCUAUCCCCUGGUGGCUGGAGGACUCUGCAGAAUCUCACAUGGCUUCCUUUUACCAGUCGAGGCUCCCAUAAAAAAGGUUGAACCGUUUUUUUGGGGAGGGGGACAAACCCAGCGCAGAACAGAAGGAAAGCUUCUGGGGUCCCUGGAGAGCUUUUGUAGUGUCUGUCACAAAGAGUUCUGCAAAGACCACUGAGUCUGAAUACAUGCUCUGUAUGUUCCCUUGCAUGCUGACCUGAGAAAAGAUGGCCUUUCAUAUCGUGAUGCAUUGCAGAAGCAUAAUACAGAGGCUAGAUAUAAAGGCUUACAGAACAUUUCACACAAUAAGAGUUAGGGAACUGCUAAUCAACAGAACACAGAAAGUAGUUAUCAUACUUUAGCUCAGAGAUUGUCUGCUGACACUUAGGUAGUUUUUGUACUCUGUAAACUUAAUAAUUGCAACAUACAGUCCUGUUGUAAAUGGCGACCAUUUUAAUAUUACUUUUGUCUGCUUCACUAGUCACUAAGAUAAGGCUACGCUACUCACUAUGAGUUCUUGCUAAUCACAAGUUCCUAAGAAUUCAAGGUAUUGUUGUAACAGCUACUAAGAGCUGUAGUGCCUCCUUUAAUGUUACUGGUCAUCGUCUCUGACUAGUGACAUCUUGUUUUGUUCUGAAGGAAAUAUACUUCCAUUUUAUUCAGGUGAUGCACUAUAGAUAAACAUAUUUCAUACCACUUUUAUUGUUUUAUAAUUGUAAUUAUUAAAACAUUUUUAAAUUGAUAGAAAAAAAAUCUGAUUUUAAUGUCAAAUUAACCAGAACAAACAAGUUCCAUUUUUCUAGAAAAUAAAAGACAAAUAAGUGCCUAUUUUAGACUAAAUUAUAACUUUUAUCAGCUGACAGAUAAAUGAUGCCCAAUAAAACAAUACUUUAUUAGAUUGCUAAGAAAUGAAUGCUAAAGUGCCUUGUGAAACUUUCGGAAUAAAUGUUAAAAUGGCCUGCCAUUGUUGUGAAGACAUCAAAUACAAACUCAUUUUUUUUAUACAGUGCAGCUUCAUACAAGCAAUUGUAUUAUUCCCCUGUAUGUGUUGUGAAAAGACUUGAAUAUUUGCCAAAGCACUUUUAUUGAGUAGUUUGUAGAGGAGUGAAUUGUAGAGGUGAGGUUGUAGAGGUGAAACCUAACCUUAGCCCAGCAUUAUAUAAAGUAUUAAGGUAAUGCUAACUCAAACUCUUUACUUGAACUUUCAGAUUUUAAUUUUUCUUUUGCUUAACAGGGUGCACCAAUAUGUUGUUGUGUUUUAAAUAUUUUGUUUUUGUCUUAUUUGGCUGAUAUUUUUCUAUAUUAGCCAAUUCCAAUGUCCAUGUGUCUCUAUCUUAAUGCAGGUGAAGAAUCAUCAAGAUAAUCAAGUGUCUUCUAGAGACCAUGUUGGCUUGUUUCCUUUUAUUAUUUUGACAGCAGAAAAACAAUAUUUACAGCAAAAACAUUUCCAGAAAUGAACUGACACUGCUUUUUUAAAGCUUUUUUUUGCCAGUCUUAUGAUAUAUUGGUGCAUCCCAACUUAAUAAUAUAAUAGAUUCUGCUAAAUAUCCACAAUAACAGAACUUAAUUUAUCAGAUUAAUGUCUGGUUGCCAUAACGAGCAUAUACUUUAUGAAGUUUAUUGAGUUGUAUCAUUUUCCAAGAUGACAUUUCACUGUGUUACAUACAUUGUUCAAAUGAUAUGUUGGAUUGCAAUCAUUUGUUUUCUGCAAAACUGUAACUUUUGCCGUGUGCAGGGCCUUUGGCUAAUGCUUGUUUUCUCUAGCAGAGUCAAUAUUAUCCCAGUGAAUAAGCUAUUUUAAUAAGCUGGCAUUUUCUCAAGGACUGUUGGGUGGACUUUGUUAGAUAUGAAAGCAAAUUAAUAUGCUUGAUGCUUCUUUAUUUACACAACUGUCAGUAAGAACAAACCCAGCUAUUUACUGGAUUCAAUGAUUUAUUUUUGCACUGUAUCUACAGAUCUGUGAAAGGGUUGCAUUUGUGGCUACUUGUACAUCUAACUUUUGUUUGGUAUUUGGGCAAUGAGUUGUGAUCUUCAUUCCAUCUUGUUUUCUUGACUGUUUUCUAGAAUAUCAGAGAAAAGUAUCUCUGAAUAAAACUAUUCUGUAGCACAAAUGUUUUA